GGUGUCCCCCCAUGGCUGACAUCCCUGUCCACUGAUACCAGCUCUGCUACUGCCGCUGUCACUGCCCUCUUUUGCAUUUGGGUUUCGGGACAGCUGAGGCUGUUUUCAGUUCAACCAGCCCUUUGGGUGCCAAGCAGUGAAACCAGGGUGACUCAAAGCCGCCCUUUUCCAAGAAGCCAGGUCAUGGAGGUCCAGCGGCACCAGCGCGGCCAGAUCUGGGAUGAGCUGUGGGACCGUGGGCUCCCAGGGCUGGACCCACCAGGACUCCCUCGAGGAACUGAAUCGAAGAACAACCCCAUGGGCUGGCCAGCAUCAUUUCCUCCCGCUGGGGCAGCUCACCCCGCUCAUUGGCCCCAGGGCACAGCUUCACUUCUUGCUGGCUUUCCGUUGGGUCUGGGUGCCUCCUUCGGAGGUGGGGGCGAAAGGGUGCACUUUAAAAGCCCAGCUUCCCCAUCGCCGAGCAGUUAAGGAAGUUGCUUGUGCGCCCAGCGCUGAAGCACCCUGCCCCGGCCAUGCGGUGCGACCGGCGGCCCUUGGGUGUACUGGCAGCUGUUACCAAAGGGCUCUUCAUCCUCUGGGCAGUACCAAGCCAGGGGGGACGGCCCCUGCAGCCCCCCACCCUGCAGCAGAUCCAGGCACUGGUGAGGCACAUGGCCGAGGAUGCACAGGAGCUUUUCACCUUCUACGAGAAGGACCAGCACCUGGCCAUCAACAAUCUCUGCCGCACCAAGCGCCCUCCCGAGUGGCUGAGGGGACCGGUGCCAGGGCCCAGGGGGCUGCAGAGGCUGCGGGGCACCAUGACCCGCAUGGCCCAGGCGCUGCAGGACAUCACCCGACACCAGCGUGACCUCAACCCCCCUGAUGCCGAAAUCCUUCGCCGCUUGGCCAGCACCCACCUGAAGGUGCGAGGGCUCCUCAGCAACCUGGAUGGGCUCUUCCCAGCCCCCAGCCCCCGGCCCAGUCCCCGGCCUCCACCCAGCCCCACAGCACCCACUAAAGUCUUCCGACAGAAGCUGGAGGGAUGCCGGAUCCUCUGGAGCUAUGCCCGCUUCAUGGCCAAGCUCAAUGCCCAGCUGGAGGCCAGGAGUCGUCGAGCGCAGCGGGAGAAGCGGAGAUGGCAGCGGGGCUCGUGGCUGCCCGCACGCUCCUAGUACAGCCCCGCCGUCACCAGAGUGGUCCUCGUCCCUGUCUCCAUCUCCAUCCCAUCAGCAUCUCCAUCUCCAUCCCCAUCUCCACCCCAUCCCUGUCCCUGGGUUGGAGACUCGCCGGCUGGCCAGGAUGGACCACAGAGACCCUCUGAGCUUGCACGGGUGAGGUCACAAGCGCACUCAAAGUGUGUCCCAUCACUUCGGCUUGCCGUGGGGACCAGGCUGUCCCCAUGCCACCACUUGGCUGCAGGACAGCCCCGCCAUGCUCCUGCCAGCUCCCCCACCUCCUGCCCCACAUCCCGGUAGCCCCGGUGCCACGGAGAGCAGUGCACUCAGGUGUCCCCCGGGUGCCCAGCGCUGCGGGAUGGAGCCGUCCCUUGUCACCAAGCCCUGCUGGAUUUUCCAGUGAUUCAAUGGGUCCGGUGACCCAGCCUGACUAAGAGCCGCUCACCCAGCACCCGCUGCGCUGCCGACAGGGUGCGGCCUGGCCCACGGAGAGCACUGCUGGCACCCGCAAGUGUCACCAGCUUUGUCACCCCCUGCCUGCCUGUCCCUGCCUGCCCUACACUGGGUUUGCUGGUCCCAGGGCACAUCUGGGAGCAGAAUCCUGUGAGCUCGGUGUCCCCGUGAGCUCGGUGUCCCCAUAAGCUCAGUGUCCGCAUAAGCUUGGUGUGCCUACCAGCUUGGUGUCCCUACACACUCACUGUCGUCGUGUGCUUGGUGUCCCUAUAAGCUCAGUGUCCCCACAAACCCAAUGUCCCUGUGCUCAUCCUACACGCUCAGUGUCCUCAAGCCCUCAGCAUCCCUGUGUUCGUUCCUGUGCUCCAGUGUCCACCUGUGCUUGGUGUCCCUACGCUUGUCCCUGUGCUCAUUCAGGCACACCUGGUGACCCCAUGCUCUCAGCACCCCCGUGUCCUCAGGGAUGCCACACUCAUCCCUCUGUGCUCGGUGUCCCCCACAUCCCCGAGCCCCUCGGGCCGUGCCACCACAGCCCUGCCGGGCAGGGGCUCAGCUCUGGCCACCACACUGUGAUGGUGGGUGGUGGCACCCACCCCCUCCCCACUAAUUUAUACAUUAAUAUUUGUGUGGUUAUUGUAUUUAUUGAAUCUUGGGGUUAAUUUAAUAAGUCCCUGCAGUGGGAAGAAGUAUUUAACGACAUGUUUUUAAUAUAUAAAUAUCUAUUUUUAUGAUAACUUUUUUGUAUCAUGUUAAACUAUGAAUGUAACGAGGUUUUAUUUAUGAAUAUCAAUAUUUUUUGGUACUGUGAGAAGGGCAGUGCCCACCGUGGACUCGUGGGCCCCCCAUAUUUUUGUAUAACGGCAGAAGGAAAUA